AUGGAUGGAAAACGAGUACAACGUGUAUUUCUGUUAGGUCCAUAUGCACCAGAGUAUAGUGAAGGGUCUUUAAAUUAUGGUCAGUCUUACCCGCCAUCGUACGAUAAUUCAUCCUAUACAUACCAGGACAAGCAGGCUAAACCAAUAACCACAGAGCCUCAUGACAGGGAAAUAGGACCUCGUCGUCCACCCAUAGCCAAUAAUUACAGAUAUGAUCAUGGUUCCAACAGCCAAUACACCGGACACGGUCAAUAUACAACAUCUGAUCAAAUAAUAACGUGUUUCUAUAGGAGAGUAUCUUCUAUAACACCUAAUACUUGUGUCCUAGACCAGUGUUUCUUUAGGAGAGUAUCUUCUAUAACACCUAAUACUUGUGACCUAGACCAGUGUUUCUAUAGGAGAGUAACUUCUAUAACUCCUAAUACUUGUGACCUAGACCAGUGUUUCUUUAGGAGAGUAUCUUCUAUAACUCCUAAUACUUGUGACCUAGACCAGUGUUUCUAUAGAAGAGUAUCUUCUAUAACUCCUAAUAAUUGUGACCUAGACCAGUGUUUCUGUAGGAGAGUAUCUUCUAUAACUCCUAAUACUUGUGACCUAGACCAGUGUUUCUAUAGGAUAGUAUCUUCUAUAACACCUAAUACUAGUGACCUAGACCAGUGUUUCUAUAGGAUAGUAUCUUCUAUAACACCUAAUACUUGUGACCUAGACCAGUGUUUCUAUAGGAGAGUAUCUUCUAUAACUCCUAAUACUUGUGACCUAGACCAGUGUUUCUAUAGGAGAGUAUCUUCUAUAACUCCUAAUACUUGUGACCUAGACCAGUGUUUCUAUAGGAGAGUAUCUUCUAUAACUCCUAAUACUUGUGACCUAGACCAGUGUUUCUAUAGGAGAGUAUCUUCUAUAACACCUAAUACUUGCGACCUAGACCAGUGUUUCUAUAGGAGAGUAUCUUCUAUAACUCCUAAUACUUGUGACCUAGACCAGUGUUUCUAUAGGAGAGUAUCUUCUAUAACUCCUAAUACUUGUGACCUAGACCAGUGUUUCUAUAGGAGAGUAUCUUCUAUAACACCUAAUACUUGUGACCUAGACCAGUGUUUCUAUAGGAGAGUAUCUUCUAUAACUCCUAAUACUUGUUACCUAGACCAGUGUUUCUAUAGGAGAGUAUCUUCUAUAACACCUAAUACUUGUGACCUAGACCAGUGUUUCUUUAGGAGAGUAUCUUCUAUAACUCCUAAUACUUGUGACCUAGACCAGUGUUUCUGUAGGAGAGUAUCUUCUAUAACACCUAAUACUUGUGACCUAGACCAGUGUUUCUAUAGGAGAGUAUCUUCUAUAACACCUAAUACUUGUGACCUAGACCAGUGUUUCUAUAGGAGAGUAACUUCUAUAACUCCUAAUACUUGUGACCUAGACCAGUGUUUCUAUAGGAGAGUAUCUUCUAUAACACCUAAUACUUGUGACCUAGACCAGUGUUUCUAUAGAAUAGUAUCUUCUAUAACACCUAAUAAUUGUGACCUAGACCAGUGUUUCUGUAGGAGAGUAUCUUCUAUAACUCCUAAUACUUGUAACCUAGACCAGUGUUUCUAUAGGAUAGUAUCUUCUAUAACACCUAAUACUAGUGACCUAGACCAGUGUUUCUAUAGGAUAGUAUCUUCUAUAACACCUAAUAAUUGUGACCUAGACCAGUGUUUCUGUAGGAGAGUAUCUUCUAUAACUCCUAAUACUUGUGACCUAGACCAGUGUUUCUAUAGGAGAGUAUCUUCUAUAACACCUAAUACUUGUGACCUAGACCAGUGUUUCUAUAGGAGAGUAUCUUCUAUAACUCCUAAUACUUGUGACCUAGACCAGUGUUUCUAUAGGAGAGUAUCUUCUAUAACACCUAAUACUUGUGACCUAGACCAGUGUUUCUAUAGGAGAGUAUCUUCUAUAACAUCUAAUACUUGUGACCUAGACCAGUGUUUCUUUUUUCAGCUUAACCAACCAGCCGUGACAGAUAGGGUACCAAGUUAUUUAGGUCUUGCUAUAUUUGUGACAUUAUUUUGCUGCUGGCCGCUUGGUUUAAUGGCUAUAACAAAGCAUAACGAGGCCAAGCGACAAGCAGCGUCAGGGAACAUAGACGGUGCUCGCGAGAAAGCUGCAGAAUCGAAGAGAACCAGCCUCAUCGGUAUAUUUGCAGGAAUAGUAUUUCUCGGUGCGGCUAUUGGAAUAGGGGUCUGUCUAUCUAAAAUCUACUUAUCUUCGUCAAAGCAUCCAAACACCGUCAAAAAACCCCCGUCCCUUGCUGGUAGUUAUCUGGAAGACUAUCCUUGUGAAUUCUCGCGCAUUAAUAGGUUCCCUGGUGCCAUUGUAAGGUUUUCUAGGUUACAGUUAUAUCAUGUGAAUAAACAGUUAAUGAUAGACCCAGAUCGCUUUCGUAUAUCGACCCCAAAUUUGCGAAAAAUGACGGAGCCUGCUUCAAAAUACCACCAUGACAACCUGGCCUUCACCCAAGACUUCGAUACCUCCAACUAUAAUUCAAGACCCAGCCAAAAUAAUCCAGAUUACAGUGGAGGAUUUACAAAGUUUGGUAAUUCUGAACCACCACCGUAUGAUAGUUCAUCUAACUUCGUAAAUAAUCAGCAACCCCAACCAAUGACCACAGAUCCUUAUGCCAAAGAUUUUGGACCUCGUUUACCACCCAUUCUCAAUCCUUAUGGAUAUGAAGUGGGUCCGAGCAGCAGACACGCUGGAUAUGGCCAAUAUUCUAACGACCACACAAUCAUUACGUUAAACCAACCAGCCGUUGGAAGUGUACCAAAUUAUUUCGGACUGGCUUUAUUUGUGACACUUUGUUGCUGCUGGCCGCUGGGUCUUAGUGCUAUAAGUCAAAACAAUGAGGCCAAGCGACAAGCAGCGUCAGGGAACAUAGAAGGUGCUCGCGAGAAAGCUGCAGAAUCGAAGAGAACCAGCCUCAUCGGUAUAUUUGCAGGAAUAGUAUUUCUCGGUGCGGCUAUUGGAAUAGGAGUCUGGUAUUACUAUAAAGUACGACAAGAUAUCGACUCAAAACACUCUCACUAUAGAUAUUAA